AUGGAGAACCCUUCUUUCCAGUAUUCAGUUCAGUUGGAUUGUGAAGAAAAAAUAACAAAUAUAUUUUGGGCAGAUGCAAAAAUGAUAAUUGACUAUGCUUCAUUUGGAGACGUAGUUGCCUUUGAUACUACAUUCGGCACAAAUAAAGAAAAUAGACCACUUGGUGUUUUUGUUGGUUUUAACCAUUUCAGGGAGACGGUUGUUUUUGGCGCUGCUCUAUUAUACGAUGAAACAAUUGAAUCUUUUAAAUGGCUUUUUGAAACCUUUCUAGCAACCCAUGACAAUAAGCAUCCAAAGACUCUAUUUACAGAUCAAGACAUUGCUAUGGGAAUUGCUAUUUCAGAGAUGAUGCCGAAUGUGUGGCAUGGACUAUGUACUUGGCACAUAAAGGAAAAUGCAACGAAGCACUUGUUAAGUAAUGGAGCUGAUGUUUUUCGAGAAUUCAAAGCAUGUAUGUAUAGCAUUGAAGAUGAAGUAGAGUUUGAAAAAGCCUUCAAUGCAUUACGUGGGAAAGUGAAAAAGGUUACUUGGUUAGACUUCAUUUAUCCCUUUAAGAAACAGUGGGCGGAGUGCUAUAUGAGAAAUGUAUUUUCAUUAGGGAUGCGGAGCACUCAAUUAAGCGAAAGCUUCAAUUCUGAUUUAAAAGAUUAUCUAAAAUGCAACAUGGACGUUAUGCGUUUUUUUAAACAAUUUGAGAGAGUACUUGAUUUAAAGCGUCAAAACGAGAUAAAUCAUGAGUUUGAUUCGAAGGAAAAUCUGCCAAGGAUAAAGAUGAGGAGAAUUCCUUUACUUAAUCAAGUUGGUAAAUUAUACACUCCUCAAAUUUUUGCAAGCUUUCAAGAUGAGUAUGAAUUGUCUAAUGCAGCUUAUGUUAAGGAUGUUGUAGAAGGCGAACUUCACAAUGAAUAUAGAGUUGUUCAACCUAGACAAUGA